AUGGCGCCAACAACAACGUUCACGCGCGAGGGGUCGUACGCCAAGUUCUCGGAGGCUGCGAAAGCGCGGCACGGCCCGCUUGGGUACAUGGCCCGCGGCUACGAGAAGCUUUUGCAGCAGUCCAAGACCUUGUGCGUGCGCCUGAGUCUCGUGCUUGGCGGUCUUUUGCUGCUCUUGCCCGCCGUUUUGACCCUGCUAUUUAUCUGCUGGAAGGUCGACGGUGUGAUCGACUGGAGCUGGGCCACGGUGCUGGUGUUUGUAUGGAUGUACGACGUUCUGGCCUGCAACGGCACGCUCGCGUGGCUCUGCGGCUUUCUCUUGCAUCUGUUUGUGGCGCUGCGCCUGGAUGGGCACGUCGACUGGUCCUGGAUCUGCGUCUUCAUCCCGUCCUUCGUCGCGAUUCUCGACUGGAGUGGCUCGAGCGAUGGCUGCUAUGCGCUCCAGCUCAUUUUUCUCGGGCUCCAACUCGAUCACACGGUCACGUGGUCGUGGCUCGUUGUUUUUAUCCCGACGUGGGUGCCGUCAAUCAUCGGUGGCCUCAUCUUC